CUGCGUCGCCCGACUCGUGGUUGUCUAUAAAUUGCCUCCACGAGGCAAGCGGGGAGUCUCGCCCAAGAGCGUCGGUAGAGAGAAAAAGGGGCCUCCUAUACUCUCGAGCAGAUCUAUUCUCUGCCCUCCGCUCUUUGUUGCAACUCUCGAUCUAAGCUCGGAGAAAUGGAGACCUUUCUAUUCACCUCAGAGUCCGUCAACGAGGGCCACCCCGACAAGCUGUGCGACCAGAUCUCCGAUGCCAUCCUCGAUGCGUGCCUUGAGCAGGAUCCUGACAGCAAGGUCGCUUGUGAGACGUGCACGAAGACCAACAUGGUGAUGGUGUUCGGCGAGAUCACCACCAAGGCCAAUGUAGACUAUGAGAAGAUCGUCCGCGACACCUGCCGCACCAUUGGCUUUGUCUCCGACGACGUUGGGCUCGACGCUGACAACUGCAAGGUCCUGGUGAACAUUGAGCAGCAGAGCCCUGAUAUUGCACAGGGUGUCCAUGGUCACUUCACUAAGCGGCCUGAGGAGAUUGGUGCCGGUGAUCAGGGACACAUGUUCGGGUACGCCACCGAUGAAACCCCUGAGUUCAUGCCUCUUAGCCACGUCCUUGCUACCAAGCUCGGGGCUCGCCUCACUGAGGUCCGCAAGAACGGUACUUGCUCUUGGCUGCGGCCUGAUGGCAAGACCCAAGUCACGGUGGAGUACUACAAUGACAAUGGUGCCAUGGUUCCCGUCCGCGUCCACACCGUUCUCAUUUCCACCCAGCACGACGAGACGGUGACCAACGAUGAAAUCGCUGCUGACCUGAAGGAGCAUGUCAUUAAGGCGGUCAUCCCGGAAAAGUACCUUGACGAGAAGACCAUCUUCCAUCUUAACCCGUCAGGCCGCUUCGUCAUCGGUGGUCCUCAUGGUGAUGCUGGGCUGACUGGUCGGAAGAUCAUCAUCGACACCUAUGGUGGUUGGGGAGCCCACGGUGGUGGUGCCUUCUCCGGCAAGGACCCAACCAAGGUCGACAGGAGUGGUGCGUACAUUGUCCGCCAGGCUGCCAAGAGCAUUGUUGCCAACGGUCUUGCACGCCGCUGCAUUGUUCAGGUCUCCUACGCAAUCGGUGUCCCUGAGCCUCUGUCAGUGUUCGUGGACACCUACGGCACUGGGAAAAUCCCUGACAAGGAGAUCCUGAAGAUCGUGAAGGAGAACUUCGACUUCAGACCGGGGAUGAUCUCCAUCAACUUGGAGCUGAAGAAGGGUGGGAACAGGUACUUGAAGACCGCUGCCUAUGGUCACUUCGGCAGGGACGACCCCGACUUCACAUGGGAGGUGGUGAAGCCCCUCAAGUGGGAGAAGCCCGCUGCUUGAUUCUUUCUCCUCUGGUGUUCUCUCUCGGCUAUUUGGGUCCUUUUUCCAAGUUUUAUUAUCGAAAAAUAGGUCGAGUCAGUUGGCAUUAUCUAUUUUAGUUUUCGCUUGUUUUCUUAGUAUCCUUGAGUUGUGCCUACGGCCUCUGUCAGUAAGGCGUUACAAGAACUGCUGUGCUAUUUUUUGUGGUUAAAGCCAAUGUUUUUCCCUUGUUUUAUUAGUA